GGCGAGCCUGUUUUAGACUUAAUAGUUGAAACAAGAUGGUGGCAGUGUUGCUUGUAAAUUGUCGCAGAGUGAAAUUGAAUUACAACAAGUGAGAAAUGUCGGACGAUCAGAAAUCUCGUUGAGUUGAUUCUCCAAGAAAAAGACGUUCAAGAUUUGCAUGUUCAGUUUUCGCCAACCAAACGGGCCAAUGUGUCAAAAUCGAUUGAAAAACACAUUCAACUGACCAGCCAUAUAAUCAAAAGAAGUGGUCAGAGGGAAACGUCCAGAGUCUCAGCAGUGAAGAAAAGUUCACGUCUAUUUUUGUUUUGGAUAAGAAAAUGGGAGCCAGUGCAUCGGGGUUUCAUGAUGGAAAAUGCGUUACAUCUACUGGCACAACUCCUUGCCACCGAUCUGCCAGGAAUUCAGACUCAUCCAAAACAUUCUCAUCAAUGCACUCUGGCGAUCAGCUUGUUGGAGUAUCCGUCAGAGAAAAGAAGAAAAAGAUGACUGGGUUCGCCACGUUACGUCGCAAACUGAUACGUCGACGUAGGACAUCGAAAUCGUACGAUCACGGCAAAGUGAUACGUGAAUUCGUGUCCGAUUGGAGCCCAUUGGAACUCAACACGCUGGUGGAAGAGUACGAAGCGACGGCAGCGCUCAAGGAUUUGUCCGUCCAAGCCGAUUUGGCCCGUCCACCGGCCUCAACGCACAAACAAGAUUUGUCGGACUUGUUCGACUACAAAUACGCCAGCGAUGUGACGCUCAUUUUCCAGGGCGCCUGUUUCCCAGUCCAUCGAGCCAUUCUCAGUUCGAGAUGUUCCUACUUCCGCGAGCUGCUGGCCAGCGGAGCGAGUGGCAACAACACGCGAACGGUUCACGGCGCUCAAGUUCACGUCGACUCUUUGCUUCAAUCACGCGGGAUCGACGUGCCAACCUUCGCCGCUUUACUCCGCUACCUCUACACGGGCGACUUUUGUCUACUGGACGGUGUCGGAGACACGACGUCUCAGACGGACCUGGACGUCCUGAUCCGCCUGGGCCAGGAAUUCGGCACGCCCAACCAAUUGGAGCACGACCUUCGCUAUCUGAUGGAUACCGGCGAUUUGGCCGACGCCGUUUUAGUCUUUGCUUCCGGCCAAGAUUUCGCCCUUGCCACGGGGAAACCUCAUUGCUCCAACUCGUCCCUGGGCAGCAGCACAACGGGCAACAUUGGUUCAUCCUCUUCGGAUUAUGGCUUUUAUCCGCGGAUGGAAAUGCGAUGCCACCGGGCCAUUCUCAGCGCCCGUUCGCCUUUUUUCCGCAGUCUCAUCCAACGUCGCUGCAGGACAACAGAAAAUGCCGUGACUCCCACUCGAAUCAUUCUCGACGAAUCAGUCAUACCCCGACGCUAUGCUCAUGUAUUGAUGCAAGCCCUUUACCUGGACACGGUCGACAUGAAUUGCAUCGUCCGGAGCGGAUGCAAUGAAUCCAGCAGCAGCAGCACAACGGAAGAAACUCCAAAUUCAACCAGCGGAGCUUCUGGUGGCCUUCCGGCAGCCACUACGACUGGAUUACCAGUCCCUCGUCCGGCACCUCCAACCCUUUUCGAAGAAGCUACUGAACUGUAUCAGAUUGGUCGUUUCUUAGAGUUGGACAUUUUGUCUCAAGGCUGCGAAGAUGUGAUUGUUGACAAUCUGUCACUAGAUAACCUACCUCAAGUGCUUAGGUGGUCAGAAUUACCACACGGAUCGCCUUGGGUCCGUCGGCAGGCUCUCCAGUUACUCCGUGAAGAGUUUAGUCCCAUCGCCCAGGCUCCAGUGUUGCUCGAACUGGACAAGAGUCACCUGAUUGAAGCUCUUCAGAGCGAUUUCCUCCAGGCCAGCGAGCUGGAAGUGUUGCAAGCAGUUCUUCGUUGGGGUGAACAUCAAUUGGUUCGGCGGAUGGAAGAUCGUGAGCCCAACAUUGUGAGCCAAACGGCCCAUUCUGUUGCCCGUAAAGGUGUCAGACGACGGGAUUUGAACGAUGUGGAGUUGAGGGACAUUCUAUCCGAGUUGCUGCCGCACGUUCGAGUGGACCACGUCCUACCGCCCAGUCACGAAAGUCUUGCCCAGGCUAUUAGACGGGGAUUGGUAUCGACACCGCCCAGCCACAUGAUUGGCGGUGACAAUAGCCACAAAUUGUCUGUAGGAGGUGGGCCGGGUGGUGGACGAGGUGCUUUGUCCGCUUGGAUCCGAGGCCACCACCAUCACCAUCACCACCACACUGCCAAACACCACCACCACACCGGCCUCUACGUCAAGCCACGCCUAUUUAUGCCUUACUUUGAAGAAACCAAAAGUCUUUUGGCCGACCAGCUCGUCCAGGAAAUGGAACUCGUCCGGCACAGGAUGGUCCGCAUGUCGUCACACAUUCCCGACACGUUGUACAUGAUUGACGACGCUCCAGCUGGAUUGGAAGCUUCCAGUCAAAUGGCCACUUCCUCUUCCAGCGCCACCAGUGACUUGGAUGUCGUCACUGGAGCUGUUCCAGUUCCAGAUUCUGAGACGCUGCAAGCGAUGAUCCGUCGUGAGAGGAAACUUCGAUUAUCGCCAUUAGCUCAGCGGGCGUAUUCACUUCAGUUGGCGUCGCGACGGGACAUUAAUCGGCAGAUUCGUUUACGAGUUGUGCGGGAAUUCAACUUGCCCGACUCGAUCGCUGAAGAGCUGGAAUCGGCUGCCUACCAGUUUGCCGAAGAGGCGGAUGAAUCUCAGCAGCAGCAGCAGAUCCAGGCGACGUCUGCGCUUAUUUGGGAGCCUAGAAAGUCCAGCUCGGUACGCGUUCCAGUUCCGCCAAAGAGGAUGACCUCUCGACCCAAACCUUUUCAAAAGUCUGAGCCGGCCUUGGACUUUGACGACGAUGACCAUCAGCUUCAUCAGUCGCAGCUGUCGGAAUUUAUUCCAGAUAUUGCGGCCUUGUCUAUCAACCCUCUACCCCAAUUCGUACCCUCUCUCCAGCCUCCUGAACCCUACAGGGAACUACAAUUGGAUUUAGGUGACGGUGCGAGUAUCUCCCGUUUGAGUAGCGUCGAAUGGUCUAUCGUCCGAUCAUCAAAUCCCUCGAUGGCUCCUCCAGCCUCAAACCCCAUCCGCAUGUCUACAUUUCGCUCAGACGACGAUUGGGCCGAACAACAAGCCGAAAGGCCAUCGGCAGCUACACUCGGGGGAGCUGCUGCAGCUAUUGCGGCAUCCACUGGCUCACCUCGGACCCAACGGCGAUCCCGUUCCGGGCGGGCAGCCGACGUCCGAGUGUUUAUCUGAUUUAUAUUCUGAAUACUCUUUUUUUGUACAAUCAUGGCUGCUGUUGAUUAUGUAAAAAAUAUCGAUUUGUUUAUCUUUUUCUUUAGAAACAAAAAAAAAGAUCUGAUGGAUUUUUUGGUGUUGUGAAAUUUCUCCUUUUGUGGUUUGUUUAUUCUUUCUUCUCUCUUUAUUGUUGACAUUUGUUUCGUUCUCUGUUGUUUUGGUGGGGACUAAAUGGUUAUUUCUUUUUUUGGUGAGAUUGCAAUUUUUUUACGAGUCUCUUAUCUGCCGUACAUCUUUUUUUUUUUGACACAUCGAAAUUGUCUACGUUUGGUCUUGUGUGAAUCUUUUUUCUCAUAGUCUCACUAUUUCUAUUUCUAUCCCAUUCCGAUAUGUUACAGAUGAAGAUCUCCCCGCCCGGCAGCAUCAUUUCAUCACUCUUUUCCUGCGCCAUCAUCACAUGAUUUUGUAAUAAACGUUGACAAAAACUA